UGGGGAGUGACUGUUAGUAGGUGUGGGGCUUCUCUUGGGGGCGAUGGAAGUGUUCUAAAAUUAAUGGUGGUGAUUGCACAACUUUGUGCAACUACGGCGUUGAAUACUUGAGAUCUGUGAGUUGCGUGUGAAUUCUAGCUCAAUAAAGCUGUUAUUUUCUUUUUUCUUUUUUUUUAAAUUUUUUUAAAGUUUAUUUAUUUUUGAGAGAGACAGAGACAGAAUGGGAGUGGGUUAGGGGCAGAGAGAGAGGGAGACACAGAAGCAGAAGCAGGCUUCAGGUUCCGAGCUGUCCGCGCAGAGCCCGAUGCGGGGCUCGAACUCACAAGCCGUGAGAUCAUGACCUGAGCCGAGGUCGGACGCUCAACCGACUGAGCCACCCAGGCGCCCCAAAUCUCUUUCUCUUUCUUAAUGGGCUGAUUUCCCACUAGGUUUGUGUCUGAUUCUAAAUUAAUUAUCCUGGAAGCAAUUGACUUCAUCCCCCAUCAGCUUGGUUCCAUUGGCACGGUUCAUGCAUGCUGGGGCAAGACCUGGGCCCCUUCCUCUCUGGUCCUCUGGGGACGUCCGGGAUCUGGUUUCAGUAUCCAGGGGUCAUGAGAGCUCAGGCCUCCACCACGGAGAGGUGGGGAAGGAGCUCGAGGCCUGGCGUUCCCCGCGGGAACACCGUUGGGAGUCUCCCCGCUCUGCUGGGCCUUCUGCCCAGAUAUGGAACGUUCCAGCUUUCUGCACUCUCUGGCGCAGAAUGAAAAGAAUCUGCUAGUCUGUCUGACCAGCUAGGACGUUCUUGAAAGGCAGGUGCCAUUCUUGACCUUAAAAAAAAAAAAAAAAAAAAUUGUGAGCAGGUUAGACGCUUAACCCUUUCUGAUCUGAACUGGUCCCUGAAAACAAAGACGUCAGGAAGAUUCCGUUUCGUCAUGUCUGCAGACAGAGGGGUGGUGCAUGUGUGGUUGACCAGAGAUCGUGAGCCCACUACCCUGGGCCGGGAGGAAGUGAGUGAGGACACAUUCCUCUGCCUUGCAGUUGGUUUGCUGAGAGACGGUGGAAAGGUCACUUCGCCUUUCUUCAACCUCAGUUUCCUCAUCCGUCAAAUGGGGACUUUUUCUGCCCCGCCAGCCUCAAAGGUUUGUUUGAGAACCAACAGAGGCCCGUGCACGUGUGUCGGGCGUGAGACCGUGAGGUCAGGGUCACCUCCCAUGGCCCGUCAGGUGCCCCGCAUUCCCUUGCCUUCACCAUGGGUGUCCUGGGGCUGCAGCCACCUCCGUGUCACCCUCAGGGGUAGCCGAGGACCUGGGGGUGUCACCCUGGUGCUUCACGUGGGAGGCAGAGGCUUAGAGGGGUGAGGCAGCGGGGGGAGGUGAAGAGAAGCCUGAAGGAAAGUCAGUUUUUCGGACCCAAAGAAGGGUAGGAGCUCCCGGACUUUAGGAUUCUGUGAACUGGCUUAAAAAGAAAUCAGGGCCAAUAUAAGGUUGCUACCUUUAACUUUUGUCAAAUAAGGACAUAAAACCUUCUCGUCUCCAUUAUUAUUAUUUGAUGAUAGAAGGGACGUUUAAAAAUUUUUUUAAAUGUUUAUUUUUGAGAGAGAGAGUGCAAGUGGGGGAGGGGCAGAGAGCGAGAAGGAGACACAGAAUCCGAAGCAGGCUCCAGGCUCCGAGCUGUCAGCACAGAGCCCGACGCGGGGCUCGAACCCACAGACCGCGAGAUCAGGACCUGAGCCGAAGUCGGACGCUCAACCGACUGAGCCACCCAGGCGCCCCGAGAAUUUUUAGUCUAAGCACCCACCCAAUGCUUGGAUUCCUUUUACUGUGGUUUUGUGAAGCGAUCUUUCUUUCAUCUGCUCUUGGCUUGCAUUCUUCCAGCGACGGGGUGCUCACCCCCUCCCCCAGCAGCCGCGCAUUCCAACGUCACGCAGUUCUUUUCCUUAUUGUUCUGCGGCCUUCUGUCCCCGGGCUUCAGCUCACAGAUCUUUGUGUGCACCCCCUCAGGCUCAGCGGGCUUCUGCUCCUUCUCCCCACGCCUAGCCCUUCAGCCCUGCACUCAGUCUGGUUCUCAUCGCUUCCCUCCAUCGGUCCACAGAUGUUUUCUGUGGGCCUCCCACUGCCAGGCAGUGAAAGCCCUCUUGGGAACCUCCCUGAACCUCCCAGCGCCUUCGUCCUCCCCUUCACUGGAAGCCACCACUCCACUACUCCACUCUCCGACCUUCUCGGAGAUUCUGAGGACGAGCUUGCCAAGUUAAGGCCAGGCCAGGGUCGGGCCGCCUUACGGGUUCCCUUGCCACGGUGUCCUGGAGGCAUCACUGUCCUCCUUGUGCGGAGGAGGAAACUGAGGCUCGCCGGCUCCCUGCGCGGCCGGAGGCCAAGGCACCGCGGCUCCACGCCAGGUCUUGGCUGCGAGCCUCUGGCUGUUUCCGUGGCCUCGCACUGUCAAGGCGGGGACGGGCUUCUCGCUACCCAGAACCCCCUUGUGCCUCUCUCUGGGUUCUUGCAUGGCUCCAGGGGCUGGAGAAUGUGGACGGGGGCUUGGCGUCCAGGAGCCCUAGGUUUUCCAAGAGCUUCUGAUCCUAAAUGUGCAGCUUCACGCCCAGCCCUGGUAUGGGAACUUGUCACCUCCUUGUAGCUCCUUCAGCCGACGAGCCCGCUGAGUCUCCCCCAUGUACCAGGCACGGAGAACACGAUGCUCCGGAGAACACGAUGAGGAAGACAGUGACCUUGUGCCCCAGGAGCUCACAGACUAGUAGAAGGUCAGGAGGCAGAUGGGCAUGUGCACCCAGCCUUCUGGAAGCCCGGGGCAGCAAGCGGUGGGACCUUCCUGGCCUGGGUGGUGGCGACAAAGGGAGAGGGCAUUUGGAUUGGGCUUUGAAGGGUGCAUAAGAGUUCGCAGGGCAGCCACACACUGAACUGAUCUCCAAAAAGUAAGUGAGGAGUGGGGGCGCCUGGGUGGCUCAGUCGGUUAAGCAUCUGACUCUUGAUUUUGGCUCAGGUCAUGAUCUCACAGUUGAUGGUGGGUUCGAGCCCCGCAUCGGGCUCUGUGCUGGCAGUGUGGAGCCUGCUUGGGAUUCUCUCUCCCUUUCUCCUGCUCAUGCUCUCUCCCUCUCUCUCUCAAAAAAAAAAAAAAAAAACUUAAAAAAAAAAUUAAGUAAGGAGCAAUAAUGGGGGUUCAGUCAUGACAACUUUUCCUGGAGACUGUCCGUGACUUUGUUAGUAUGUGCAGAAACACUGCAGGAUUGGCUGCGAAAAAUCAAUAACUCUCUUCGACUCCCUUUGUUAUCUGCUUCCUGCCUGGGGCUCAAGGAGAUCGAGAAGCUAGUGUUGCAAAGGCACGGGAAGAUUCAAUCCCACGUUAGACGUACACAUUUUUGCUAAGUAGAUAAAUAAUGACCUUAUUAAGGUUUCUUUUGGCUCUGCGUCGGGGGCCCACAGCCCAUUGCUAGCAGGGUCUCAGAAAUCGGCGUCUGUUUUCUCUUAUUUGGACAGGAGCCUCUGGCUGAGGUGCUGAGCCGUCUUGGAGAGUUCUCUUCCCCGCAGAGCAUUAGUCACGAAACAGUAAUUUACCGCAGGAAUCGCACAGAGUGGGAUGAUAUUGAUUUGUGGGCCUUUUGGCAAAACGUACUCGUUCACAACUGGCCAGAGAAGCAGCCCGAAGACGUUCUGGGCGAAGCGUGACCGUGUGGUCCCAGAUGAGCCGGUCGGAAAGGCCAAGUAACCGGUCCAAGGUGUGAAGGGCAUGGUCUAGCGGCCCAGACAAGGACGUGGAACCAGCCCCCGGAGUUUCUGGUCCCGGCUGUCUCCGCCUCCGCUUGGCCUUGGCUGUGACGUUACCUCCCGGUAUUUGUCGGAUGCUUUCCAGUUGUCGGUCCUUUUACACCCUUCAGUUUCCCAUUAUCUUCACGGCUACCACAGCAGCAGGUACGGACUGUUCCUCAGGAAACUGAGGCCCAGAGAAGUUAUGAGAACAGCGGAGGCCGUAAGGGAGGCAGGGGAGCCCGGCAGGAGCCCAGGCUGGCUAUUUUCUGCGCACCUGCUGCCCGGCGUGGCCCUUUUGUGCGCGGCACCUCCCACCGGGCAUUCUGGUCCCGUGGACAGAGGAGCGCGUGGAGACUGGGCCUGGCCCAGGGCGCCCUCUGCCUCCCAAGAGCUGUGCCGCUGACCCGGGUGUGCGGACACUGCCCCC